ACGUUGGUCACGUGGUUUCAUCAAUGUUUUGUUUUGAUUCCUUCUUUCACCGUAGUUUCUAACUAAACCGCCGUCGAAACUCUCGUUUCUUCCGAUCUUUCAAUGGCGAAUCUCAAAUCUCACUUCUUGAUCACUACUCUGCUACCUCUUCUUUUACUUCACUUUACCACUUUCUCCUUUGCUCAGACGCUCUUCGUGUUCGGUGAUGGACUCUACGACGCAGGAAACAAACAGUAUCUCUCUCAGAACAGAGUUAACGCAAGCUUUCCUCCUUAUGGAGUCACUCUAGGACAAGCCACGGGACGUUGGUCCGAUGGUUCUAUCGUUCCUGAUUAUCUUGCUAAUUUCAUGGGAAUUCCUCAUAUCUCACCAAUUCUCCAAACCACGGCGGAUUUUUCUCACGGUGCUAACUUUGCCACCGCCGACGCCACCGUUCUAGGCUCUCCUCCGGAGACGAUGACUCUGUCACAACAAGUGAGGCAAUUCUCUGAAAACAAGAACAAAUGGAUAAACCAAACAGUUUCUGAAGCUAUCUACUUGUUCAACAUUGGCUCUGAUGAUUACUUGAAGUAUGCUACGAAUAAUCCAAGUCCCUCGGAUGAUAUGAAACAAGCUUUUGUGGAUCAAGUCAUCACUACCAUAGAAGCAGAGAUAAAGGUGGUUUAUGGAGCUGGAGGGAGGAAAUUUGCGUUCCAGAACUUGGCACCGUUGGGUUGCUUACCGGCCGUGAAACAAGCAAGCGGAAACCUUCAAGAAUGCGUGAGUUUGCCUUCUGAAAUGGCAGCUUUGCAUAACAAGAAUCUGUUGCAGCUCUUGGUUGAACUCUCACGAGAACUCAGUGGUUUCCAGUACUCGUAUUACGACUUUUUCAGCUCGGUCCAAAACAGAGUUUUCAAGUCUAGCACUUACACAUUCAAGUCAGGAACCGCUGCUUGUUGUGGAACUGGCUCCCUCAACGGGACCGAUUGCUCGGUCAGCAAUGUAUGCACCAUUACUGAAGAGUACAUAUUCUUCGAUGGUAAGCAUUUAACGCAAGCAGCGAACCUUCAGGUCGGGCAUGCCAUGUGGGGAGCUGAUCCGGAAGUGAUUGGACCGAACAAUCUCAAGGAGCUAAUGGUUCGUCCUAUGGACAUGACAGUCAUCUUAGCUGAUAUACAAGAAGCUAUGGCUGCCAUGAGACCGAGACAGAGCAAAAUUGAGAGUCUCUAUGAUAUCAAGAAGAUGGAAUCAGAGAUGCAGAAUCACUGGCUUUAUCAAGUUACCGAAGCACACUCCUUUAUGAUAUAAAAUUGUGUUCAAGAGCUACUGAAAGACUUUUGGGCUUGACUCGUAAUAAACUAAUAUUGAUACUCCA